CCUGGUUCCCAGCGCUUCGCCUGCGCUCCGUCCAGAUAGUGGGCGGGCGUGUCGCCGCGGCCCAGGCAUGUCGCGGCGAGAGGAAAGCUGACUCUCCGCCGGCUGCUGGAGGCGGCGGCCACCGCCCUGCCGGCACCCCCAGCCACCCGCCGCCUGCCGGCGCCCGGAGAGCGAGAUCCCGAAUCCCCUUAGCCACCAGCGGAAGUGCGUGUCGGCGGGAUCAUGGCGACUCUGGCGGACCUGCCGGACUCAGUUCUGUUGGAGAUCUUCUCUUACCUCCCGGUCCGGGAUCGAAUUCGCAUCUCCAGGGUUUGUCACCGCUGGAAGAGGCUGGUGGACGACCGGUGGCUCUGGCGACACGUCGACCUGACUUUGUACACGAUGCGGCCUAAAGUCAUGUGGCACCUCCUUCGCCGGUACAUGGCUUCCCGGCUCCAUUCCCUGCGGAUGGGCGGUUACCUGUUCUCAGGCUCCCAGGCCCCUCAGCUGUCCCCUGCCUUGAUGAGGGCCCUGGGCCAGAAGUGCCCCAACCUGAAGCGUCUCUGCCUGCACGUGGCCGACCUGACCAUGGUGCCCAUCACCAGCCUGCCCUGCACCCUGAGGACCCUGGAGCUGCACAGCUGCGAGAUCUCCAUGGCCUGGCUCCUCAGGGAGCAGGACCCCACCGUGCUGCCCUUGCUCGAGUGCAUCGUGCUGGACCGAGUCCCCGCCUUCCGCGAUGAGCACCUGCAGGGCCUGACGCGCUUCCGCGCCCUGCGGUCGCUGGUGCUGGGCGGUACCUACCGCGUGACCGAGACGGGGCUGGAUGCGGGCCUACAGGAGCUGAGCUACCUGCGGAGGCUGGAGGUGCUGGGCUGCACCCUGUCAGCCGACAGCACCCUCCUGGCCAUCAGUCGCCACCUCCGGGAGGUGCGGAAGAUCCGGCUGACCGUGAGGGGCCUCUCGGCCCCCGGCCUGUCUGUCUUGGAGGGCAUGCCGGCCCUGGAGAGUCUGUGCUUGCUAGGCCCUCUCAUCACCCCAGAAAUGCCUUCCCCGGCUGAAAUCCUCUCUUCCUGCCUUGCCAUGCCCAAGCUCAGGGUCCUUGAGCUGCAGGGGCUGGGGUGGGAGGGUCAGGAGGCCGAGAGGAUCUUGUGUAAGGGGCUGCCCCACUGUGUGGUCAUCGUCAGGGCCUGCCCCAAAGAGUCCAUGGACUGGUGGAUGUGACUGUACCACGCAUCCACGUCACCUUUCAUGGCUGAGCCCCAGACCCUCCGAAUAGUGCCUUGCAGAGGGCCUGUAAUCGGGCUGCACGGGCCUGAGAGCCUUGGGGCCUCCGGACAGUUCGAAUCCCUGUUUGCCAGUUGUUUGGCCUCCGUGACAUUAGCCAGCCUCUCGGAGGGCCUGUCCCCACAUCUGGAAGUGGGGAAGAUCAUACAGCUACCUCAUGGUUACAUUGUGAAGCCUUACUCUCUACCAGCCCUGGGCCGCAAGGGUCCUCGAUGACAGGUCGUUCUCAGGAACAGGAUGGAUGCAGCAGGGUGGGGUUAGGAUUAGGGGGACCUGAGGGACCAGGGCCCCUUUAGGAGUCCCGGAAAGACCGUCUAUGCAUGUGCACCCCCACACCGACACACCAUUGAUACACGAGGGACAAGAUGAGAAAGCCAAGGAAGACUUCUGCUUUGACGAUCGAAAGUGUCAAUGAAGGUUUCAGUUGUAUUUUUGGUAUUUUGGUAUUCCAUAUUUUCCAGUUU